GAACACAGUAUUUUGUUGUCAAUCCCGUACUGACCACAGGAUGGCGGUAAUGAUCUCAGUAGCUUUACCAACCACAGUAAGAAGCAGAAACGCUAAAUAAAAGGUUGGUGCGGUUCUGCUCAUCACUGGAAAAUGCUAAACAUAACCACCUCUCAUUUCAAGUGCGGACAUCAUUUCUAGUAUUCCUUUAAUACAGAUUUAUCUGUUUCAUCAGCAACAGUAGCGUGAGAGCGGCUAGUUAGCUUCCGAGCUAAGUGAGAAGCUAAGUGUUCGAGGAGAAGAAGCUCUUUCCUUUUAAAGGCGCAGGCGCUGAGAAAACUGCCACAUUUUCAGACACUGGAUCGUUUCGAGGAUUUUCCCGAGGAACAGAGACGAGUUUUGCCGGCCUUCCUCCGCAUCAUGUCGGCUUUGGAGCAACUCCAGUGUUGACCUCAAAGAACCAACAACCAGAGAGAUGAAGGAGCAACAGCAGGAAGCAGAACUCCAGCCGAUGACCGGGAUAAAAGAAGAAACAGAACCUCAACCAAUUAAAGAGGAACAUGUUGAGUUGUCCAUCUUUAAAGAUGAAGGACCAUUUGUGGUGAAGCAGGAGGGCAGCAGCUUCAUGGUGAAUCCUGCACAUGAAUCAGAGCUCCAGCAGACGACGGAGACUAAAGAGGAACCAGAACCUGUAGAGGUUAAAGAGGAACUCUGCAGUGAUCAGACUGAAGAUCAGCUUGUAGUGAAGCAGGAGGCUGAAACCUUCUUGGUGUCUCCUAGUUGUGAGCAAAAAGACAACGGUGAACCUAACAAGAACCAACAGCAGCCAGGAAGCAACCAGAAAGACUCUGGAACAAGUGGAGAAAAAGAUCUGAAGCCAGACAGGAGACAUCAGGACACCAGAAAUCACAGGGACGAUGUGGACAAGUCAAAACCAAAGAGACAAAGAAAAAAACUGCCCACUUGUGAAAUGUGUGGAAAAAGUUUCACUCAGCUCAGGUACCUGACUGCUCACCUGAGAACUCACACGGGUGGGAAACCAUUCAAAUGUACGACCUGUGGAAGAGGUUUUAUUAAGCAGAAUAACUUGACUAAACAUGUAAGGAUUCAUACGGGUGAGAAACCGUACCCCUGUGAAUUCUGUGAUAAAUCCUUCAGAACCAGCAGUCAGUGGGAUAGUCACACUAGAACCCACACAGGUGAGAAACCCUUUUCCUGUCCCACUUGUGGAAAACGCUUCUAUAGGCGCUUUGACAUGACCAUCCAUGUGAGAACCCACACAGGAGAGAAGCCGUUUUCAUGUCAGAUUUGUGGAGAGCGAUUCAUCAGAAAGACCACCUUUAAAAUCCAUGUGAGAGCUCACACAGAGGAGAAGCCGUAUGCCUGUACGGUCUGCGGCUCGUCCUUCAGGCUUGGCUACGAUCUGGCUCGUCACAUGAGGAUUCACACGGGCGAAAAGCCGUUCUCAUGCCCAACCUGCGGGAAAUGCUUCAGGGUGAGAGGCAGUUUAAAUGAACAUCUGAGAGUUCACACAGGUGAGAAGCCUCAUCCGUGUUUGACCUGUGGAAAAAGUUUCACCCGGAAGCGUAAUCUGACGAUUCACAUGAGAACCCACACAGGCGAGAAGCCGUUUUCUUGUGAUGACUGCGGUAAAUCCUUCUCUGACAACACUGUGCUGAUCAACCACAUGAGAACCCACACAGGCGAGAAGCCCUUCUCAUGUCCUGUAUGUGGGAAAAGUUUUGCUAAAAGAUACACCUUGACGGUGCACAUGAAGACCCACACACGUGAGAAGCCGUUUUCCUGCCAGUCGUGUGGUGAGGCUUUUACAUCAAGACGUAAACUGACUAAACAUGUCUGCAGUUAAUUCCUAGAAUACCUGCAAACAUUAGCAUAAUGAAUAAACCACUCAAUCCUUUCUGUGCUUGGAGUGCUGCUGCCAUCUGCUGGACAUAUUAUACCCAGAGGAAGAUUUACAGUAGAAUCUGAGAUUUUUCUGGUUUUCUCAGAUGCUGCUGAUCUUAUUUCAUUUCUUUGUUGUUGGAAGAAAUGGUUCAUGUUUUUUUCACCAUACUUAUUGAAGUCAUGACUCUGCUUCCAGAUGUGUUUGACUGAACAUCAGCUGGACUUCAUGUUUCCUAAAGACUCUUCACUUUUCAUUCAACAUGACCUGAGCCACUUCCGUACGUGGAGCUAAUUCUGAUACGUAUCCGAUUGUUUCAAAGCGUCUGCAGUCUGAAAGGUCAGCUCACAUUUUAACUGCUCACAAUGAACAGUUAAAGUUCAACUGUUCACAUUGAAGACUCACUGCAGUUAAAUAAAUUAUAAUAAUAAUGUAAUAAAUUAGCAGCAUAAACGACCAGGCAAAAAAAACAAACUUAUUUCAGCAAAAAUGUUGAAUUAACCAUCAAGGCCUGCUGUGUGAAUUUCAUGAGACUGAACUGUUUGUGGUUUGCUACCAGAUGUCAGAUGAAUCUCUUUGAGACACAAUAUAUGUCGUAUCUAAAUAAAUGAGAAAU